ACGUGCGUUGCAGGGCAGCGAGCAAUCAGUCCGCGCGCAACCGUAGCAAACAAUACACGUCUGAACACCCCGCGUUAACAACGUAUAAUCGAACUUAUCCGCUUCGGAAGCGGAGUGACAGUGCUUGCAGGGUGUAAGGUGGUCAGCGCGACGGAGGCGGUGCAAGAAAUGUUGAUGGCGGGCGGUUUGCCGGCUGAGACCGAAGGUCUGCUGACGUUAGGGUCAAUACCGGGACAGAAAGACACCACCUGGACUAAACUGUUCGUCGGAGGACUUCCUUAUCACACGACAGAUAAGAGCUUAAGAGAACACUUCGCGGUUUACGGAGAUAUUGAAGAAGCGGUUGUAAUUACGGACAGGCAGACGAGUAAAAGCAGAGGAUAUGGAUUUGUCAUCAUGGGCGACCGAGCUGCUGCAGAACGGGCCUGCAAGGAUCCCAACCCCAUCAUCGACGGGAGGAAGGCCAAUGUCAACUUAGCGAUACUCGGAGCUAAGCCGAGAGGGAACUUGGCACCAGGUUUCGGCCUCGCUGCGGCGGCAGCGGCCGGGGUCCGGGCAGGUUACCCCACAGUGCUGCCAGCACACUACGGGUUGUCGCCGGGGUACGUGUACGGCGCCCCGGGCUACGGCGGCAGUUCGGGCGCCGGCCUCAUGCAGCUGCCGCAGCUGCAGCACGCGGCGGCGGUGGCGGCGGCCAACCACCUGUACGAGUACCAGGCGGCGGCGGCCCAGGGCGCUGCGGCCUACCAGCAGCAGUAUGCGGCGGCUGGAUUCGACCCCUACGCGACCGCUGCCGCGGCGGCGGCGGCUGCCAGCGGAGGUUACAUGUCCCCGUACUACGCGCUGCCGAGCGGUGGUGUCCAAGCCCCGCUCCUGCCCCCCCUAGCGUACCCUCCACCAUUGCAAGAAGCACGCAUGCAGUAACAUACGCUCCACCUAUUAAGUAAAGUUUCGUCGCCAAAACAUCAGUACAGAUAAGAAUAUUCAAAGUUAUAUCAAUGAUAUUCUGAAUUAAAUGCAAAUUAUUACAAAAUGAAACUGGCGUAAAGAAUUUAUACAGUUUAAUUUGUAUACGUGAUAUUUAAAAAAAAUGUACGAUUUGCUAUAUCGGGAAGUGUGCGGCGGCCUUAAGACACAUCUCUCUAGUGAGACACCAACUGAGUAUUAUUGUGAUCAUGUUAUGAUGACGUCUGUAACACUUGAUACCGGCAGUCCUAUUCUCGGCUUCAAUGAUAAUAUACGCUUUUGUUACCAUAUUACUAACAACCAAAGGGUUGAAAAACCAAAACUUACAACAUUGACAUGACCAAAGUUUUUAGGAUAGGACAAGACAAAACUUCAGGUGAUGGUAUUACGUAAAUAUAAGAUACUGAUAUAUUAAAUAAUACUAUUGCUUCUUGUUGGAUAUGGGCCCGGCACGGAUAUUGAGUUGUGAGCGGCCAGCGUCCAAUCAGCGUUCGUCGCGCCGCGGCCGUGCAAUAUCAUAUUAUGUGACUGUCAACUUUUAUGUCACUCACUUCGUGCUGACGCCUAUGACGUAUUGUCUUCAUAUUAUAAUCUACCUUAUUCUCUGUCAUUCACUUUCAUAAAGUAAAUAACCUCUGGUUUACUUCAAUAUUUCUGCUUAUGUCAUCUGGACGCGUCGACAUUACAAAGGCACAUUAAAACAUAUCACUAUUGUAACAUGGUUUUGAGCAGGUAUUAUUAUUAUUAUUAUUGAAUUUAAAAAAAAUAUUUCAAUAACAGCUGCUGGUAAAUUCUUCUAGGAGAUAUUAUUACCUUCGCUGCCUGCUACUCCAUACGCGUUGUCUUUUCAUCUUUCUUUAAAUAAGAAGCCUUUUGUACCUUUACGUCGAAUAAGGAAACUUUUUUUUUCAUUGCCCUUUCAUAUUUAAAAUACAUCAUUUCUUUAUUUGCAGUAGAUCUAUUUUCCUCCCUAUUCAUAAACAAUUUCAAAUAUUUCUAAAAUCUUUGUACCUUUCUUUUCUUCCUAAUUAAAUAACAAGCUAUCUCUCUCUACUUAAUAUUCAUUUACAACUACAGAUACUUACUUCCACUCUUCGAAAAUAAGUAUAUCCUUUACAGUAAAUAUAAAUUAAAAAAUUAAAACUGAGUAAUGCAAUAUUGCAAUUAAUUUUGUGAUUGUUUUACAUGAAGGAACCUAUUAGGUUUUUAAAUGUACUUACAUGCACAGUAAUUAAGAAAAUUUAUUUACGUUUAUAUGAUUUUGUAAGAAAUUAUCAGCCUGGGAAAAUCCAACGUAAUACUGUACUUAUAAAUUAUAAUAUUCUUCCAAAAUAAUUUUUCCUUUAAAUACGAAUUAUUGUAGUUAACUAUUAUUAUGUUCCUACUCUAUAGGUACAAUUUACGACUAAGCAAGUACUACUUAAUAAUGUUAAGCUCUCUCUAAUGUCAACUCAAGUAGUUAAGUUGUUGAGUUGAGUACACAAACAAAGCCUUUCGGUUUACUGUGUUAUUAAUAAACCCGGACAAAAGUUAAUCCAAAUUUCAAACUUUUUGUUUUAUCUUAUCUUUGUCACUACAGAAUUGAGUACUACAUGAGAGGGAGAAGUCAUUUUAGACUUGGAGUAACUUUGCAUUGCAAUUGUUAAUAAGACACUUAGAGUAUUUGACUAAACAUAGAUACCUUUAUGAGCACAUUUAAGCUAUCGUGCGUUCGGAAGUGAAUGAUGCAAAAAUGUACGUUAACUCAUACUUCCCGUAAACUGUAAAAGACAUUUAUGUAUCACAUCCUGUGCUUGGCAUCUUCCUUUGGUUAAAUACUCCAACGGUUUAUCAAGAUCUGCUGAUAUUAUUUUACGUAUUAAUUGUAUUGUAUAACUUUUGGAUAUGUAACUGAUUACCAGUUUAUUGGGGACAUGUCCAUUGCUCAAUGUGUCUUGUUUCGGACAUUUAUUAGUGUAGUAUGGGAGAAGAAGGGCUAUAUAUAAUUAAUUAACAGAAAAUUAGCUAAUGUAAGUUCUUUUCAACAGCCCUACGUAUGUAAGUAAUCUCCAAAGCGGUAUAGGGUACUUAAUAGUUAGAAUAAUUCAAUUACUAGUCCAUGUAAUAUUAAUUAUAAAUAAAACUUAGCGCUGACUGUUUUCUAGAAGUUUAUUACCACUUACAGACCGUAGUGGGAACAAAUAAUUAUAAAAGAAAACGAAAUAAAUAUUUUUUCAAUAUUAAAUAGAAGUCUUUGACAAACUGGCAACAAUACAAUAACUAUUGUCGACCAUUUUUGUAAAGCAUUAAUACGAAGCAUAAAAUACCAACGAGUUGGCUUAAAGUUGCGCUCCGUGCGCAUUAUUUGGGUAGAUAAAACUUAUUUUAAAUAUAAUUCAUUAUUAUUGAUGUAAUCUUAUCAUACAUUGUAUUAAGGAAUUUUACCGUAUAAAAUUUUCUCGCUACUGGCAAUACUUGACCCGCUGUAGAACGUUGCCGACUAAAGAACUAGCAUCAAUGGCCACUCAAUAAGAUAAAAAAAAAUUACAACAUUUUUGACAACUUUUGUUUUGCGGGUUUUAUUAUUACAGAUAUUGGUACAACAAUGCGGAUUGCGGUUCGUCUCGACUCUAGCUGUUGCCGGCAGUUAGGAUUUAAAAAAAAAUAUAUCGGUCAGCGUUUUAGUACAAGCUAAGGGCAGUAGACAUAUUAUAGAUUAUUUUAGUAUGUAAGGUUAGUUUAAUAUACUGUUAUUCGUAAUUUAUUUUGUUGAUCUUUGUAAAUCUACAUGUUGCUAUUUAUUAUGUGAAAAGGAGAUAAAAAAUUGUUAAAUAUUUAUGUACCGAAUUUGUACAAUUGCUAUUGACAAUAAAGCGAAUCGGUACAAUAUAUUGAAAUAUUAUACACUUUAAAAUAAGUAGAUUUUAAUAAAAAAUACCAAAAUAUAAAACAAUUGGCCAUAAUGCGGCCAUCUUGCCUUACGCGAAUAGAUUAUAGCUGAUAUUAUAAAUACUUAUUAUCUUCAAAAUUAGUAAAUAUAUAUAAUAGAACAUAUCACUUGGAAUGAGUAUAAUAUGUAGGUACUUACUAUUAAUAAGAACCGAACAGUCCAUAAUAUAUACUUAGUGCAUUUCAUUUACACUAAUUUGUAAGCACAAUUCUAUUUUUAUGUUAAACAUACCUAUAUAUGAAAUGUCAAUACGAAUUCAUUAUAAAAUCGUAAAAUUUGUUAUAUAUAAUAUAAUAUACAUAACACUACAAUGUACUUACUUAAUUUAGGAUAUUCUAAAAUGAAAAAUAAUUUUUUAAGGUACUAAA